AUGAUGGCAUCGAAUGGCUCGCACGAGGCAUUCACGCCGUCUGGUGUUUUGGCGGCAGUCAUGACGAUGAGAACUGGAGAAAAGGAGACCAAGAUCAAGGCUCAUGAAUUUCUGGAGAGGUUUCAGAAGUCGAAAGGAUCUUGGGGUACGUUGAUGGGAAUACUGCAAUCCGAUGCCGAGUCUGAAGCAAUAUUGUUCGCUGCCAUCACUCUCCGUGGAAAGAUUACAUAUGAUCUCAACACCCAAGUCCCGACGAGCGAAUUACCAGCACUGAGAAACCAGAUACUCUUGUUGUUGAAGCACUUUGCCCACGGUCCGAAGCCUAUUCGGGUUCAGCUCUGCGUUUGUUUGGCUAUUCUCGCAAUACAGAUGAAAGACUGGACCGAUGUGAUUGCCUCGGUGGUUCAGGCCCUCGGUGGUAGCCCUGAGAGCUAUGCUUGCAUCCUAGAUUUUCUCCGGGUUCUGCCCGAAGAAGUAACCGAGGGUCGAAAAAUCACCCUGUCUGAAGAAGAGCUUGCAACCCGGACUCAAGCCUUGUUGGGAGACAACACGGAGCAGGUUGUGCAACUGCUCAUCAACUACUCGCAAUCAUCAGCUGCUGCGUCGCGAAACCCACAACUAAUGGAGUGCAUCACCUCGUGGCUUCGCGAGGUCCCGGUCAUGAGCAUCAUCAACUCUGCGCUGCUGGACUACAUCUUCCGCGGGGUAACAAGCGACGAGUGCGGAGUUGAGGCUGCAGAGUGCCUCUGCACGAUACUGCGGGAAACGAGCGACAUUGACGAGAGUCAAGACGCGGUCGCGGCCAUGUUUCCUCGAGUCUUGGGGCUCAAACCGCAAAUUGCAGUAGCAGCUCAAGAGGAGAAUGUGGACAAGCUACAGGCGUUGACCAAGAUCUUCUCCACAGCCGCCAUCAGCUGGGUGGUUGGUAUUGCGCGUCAGCCUGUCCAGUUUCGACCUUUGGUCGAAAGCAUUCUCGAAUGCGCAGCCAGAGACGCGGAGCGAGACGUGAUUGAGCACACUUUUGUCUUUUGGUACGAGCUGAAGCAGUACUUGGUGCUGGAUUGCUACAUCCAGGGCAGGCUGCAGCUCGUGGACAUCUACUCCAAACUGGUCGAUAUAUUGCUGAAGCAUUUGGAGUACCCUCGGCCGGAGUCGGGCAACGAAACGGACCUUUUCGAUGGUGAUCGUGAGCAAGAAGAAAAGUUUCGCGAGUUCCGUCAUCGGAUGGGAGACACACUCAAGGACUGCUGCGAUGUCAUGGGGGUAACCGAGUGCCUGACCAAGGUGCUGCAGGCUAUCCAGCUGUGGACGCAAAAGCACGCUGGCCAAGCCAACGGGUCCAACGUUCCCCACUGGCAAGAGUUGGAGGCGCCGCUUUUCGCUAUGCGCGCACUCGGGCGCAUGGUUGACAAGGAAGAGAGCAUUGUGCUUCCCCAGCUGAUGCCGCUCCUGGUGCAGAUUCCGAGCCACGAGAAGCUCCGGUUCGCGACAAUCAUGGUUCUGGGACGAUACACCGAGUGGACUGCUGCCCACGCCGAGUACCUGGAGGCCCAGUUCAACUACAUUGUGGAGUCGUUCAAAACCGAUUCCAAGGAAAUUCUGAGAGCUGCGGCUCUCGCCCUGAAAUUCUUCUGCACCGAUUGCAAACACCUUCUCAGAGGUCAAGUCUUGCAACUGCAAACCUUUUACGAUCAAAUCUUGGACAAGUUGCCCGAUCUGAGCAAGGAAGAGAUUACUGAGGGUGUAGCGAACGUAGUGGCUGUUCAGCCGGCAGAAGAAACGUACAGAUUGCUGAAGACGUACGCCGACCCUCUUGUACAGAGGCUGAUGGCAAAAGCCAAUCUCGCCACCAACGAAGAAGGGAAGCUGGCACUGGCUGAUCAUAUCCAACUCAUCACCAUAUUCGUGCAGAAUGUGAUGCCAUAUGUGGGCCCUGGAGAAGAGAAUCCGGCGGUCAAGUACUGGCAGGAGGUGUUCCCCAUUCUCUCCACCGUGCUGGACAAUUUCCUGGACUUUAGUCCCAUCUGCGAGCGAAUCUGUCGAUGUUGGCGCAACAUGGUCACGUCGUAUCGCACAGCGAUGGCUCCUCUACUGCCCCAAAUGGCAAACAAACUCGCCAGCAGUUUCAACUCGUCCAGGGAGGGAUGCUUUCUGUGGGUUACAUCAGCCAUACUGCGAGAAUUCUCGGAAGAGCGAGAGCAUCUUGAUCAAGCGACGACGGAGCACAUAUACACAUUUUUCGAGGCACAAACAACCGCUUUCCUUAGGGUGAUGGCGGACUUGCAGCCGAAGGAUUUGCCCGACGUCAUUGACGACUUUUUCCGUCUGCUGAUUGAUGCUCUCUUGUACUAUCCCCAAAAGCUGAUCCCAUCGCAGCUACUGGCGCCCAUCUUGCAAGCGUCGAUUUAUGCACUGACUUUGGAGCAACGGGAUCCUCUCUCGUCCACGCUACACCUUCUACGGGAUCUACUAUCAUAUGGCGGAGACAACCCAGCAAGCAGUGAGGGCCUACCCGAGGCCCAGGCCGCCGAGAUCAAGGGCAUCAUCAAGGACCUUUUGAUGACUCAUGGUGCCGACCUCGUCAAGCAGACGAUGGCGGGCAUGAUGAUUACGUUUCCCGGGGACUGCUUCGCGGACGGCAGCGGCGUUAUCCUAGCGCUGUUUGAGAUAAUGCCAGCGGAAACUACAGAAUGGGUCGCACAUACGAUCGAGCUGCUCCCGCAAGGAACAGUGUCUCCGGCCGAAGCUCAGCGACUGGUGACAAAGAUUAAAGAAAAGCUUUCGUCUGGCGAUAUUGGAGGUGUCCGACAUGUACGAACCCUGUUACAGGACUUUACGACCAACUAUCGUCGUCGAAACGUUGCUCCCCGAGACGGUUUGGGACAAUUGGAAGCAGCGAGGUUCCACUUUUCCGGCUGA